UUUUCCGAUAGGCAUCAUGUUCACCCUACGGAUUGCAUUCCCAUCUGUGGUGAGAUCAUCUAGGUUCAUCGUAUUUGAAUGGUCCGUUAAAGGACCUGUGAGUGAAUUAACAUGGGAAGGAUUAAUCAACAAACUGUGUGAUCAUACAAAAAUGAAGCGGGGAAAGUUCUACGUGUCUUGGCAUGAUGGUGAGGAAUACUGCACCAUAAGUACUACGGAAAGCCUCCUUGAAGCCAUAAGGACCAUGCAGGACUCCGACCCUCGUAAGCCUCCAACCAUCUUUGUAGCUCCAGUGACCGCAAAUGGGGACAAUCAAAGACUGAGCGCAUUCUUCGGCGGUUGUUUACCAGAGGAACUACCAAAAGAUUUUCGUGAGCAAGUAGACAAAGGGGAAGCAUUUGAAGGACAAGUUCUCACCACGCCCACGGAGUCCGAUGUAUUUGACCUGAGAUGUGCAAAGUGUAAUAAGACAGACUGGGAGGAAGAUAAAUUCACCUGCGUUCUCUGUCCAAACAAAACAUUCUGUGCUGACUGCUAUCAACGCAAUGUUCAUCCCCGUCAUCCGGCUUUCAUUACUAGGAAAGGUUCACCGUUCCCAAGUAAAAUUUUAUGUUCAAUAAAAACAACCGCGGCCAGCGUAAAAGCUGAGUAUUCAUAUUCAGACGAAGGAUCAGAAGCUGAAGAAGAACAGAGCUCAGCGUCGGGUAUCAAUUGCAGCGAUUCCGCGAGGCGGUCUGAUUCAGUCGAGUCGCCACUAGUCCCUCCGAUUGAUCCCCGAGUGUCGACAGCGAUUGAACAACUUCGUGAAAUGGGAUUUGAACAGGACUAUUCACAACUCUAUCACUUGGCUGUGGUUGAAAGUGGUGACGUUUCCAGCAUUGUGGAGCGUUUAAUGGAAUAGAGUAAAGACUUAUCGAAAUGAUCAAAAACACGAAUCCUUGGACUUGUAACAAACCCAGAAAUAAUGAUGCUUGUGUAAAAACAUUGACCUCAAGCGUUGCAUCCGAGCAAGUUUUGUUCAUCAUAUUUCUGUGUUAAUCGAUAAGCGUAUAAGAUUAAGUCCUUUGAUAAUCAUAGCUGAUAAACAAAUUCCUCAUUUCAGUGGAU